AUGUCGAUUAUUGUUUAUUCGGACGAUACAAAUAAUGCCUCACGAUUAUUUGAUUUUGAAAAAGACUGGCUUGUCGGUAGAACAAUUUUAUCAAAUAAUAAUUUCAGUUCAUUAAAUCAUAUUUUUGAUCUCAACGAAAAUCUCACAAAAGACGAUGACAAAGAAAUUGAGGAUCCAUUUCAAUUGCAACAAGUUGAACAAAUACACACAUUAAGUCAACAAGUAAUACAAAGACCCAAUCGAACAUGUUUAUCUGAUGCCUACGACGUGAUUGAUUUUCCAAUACGAAAUGAAAAACGAACAUUAUUUAAUGUCAUUCCAUCACAAAAUACUCUAUUUGAAUUAGCUCAAAAUAAACCUGAUAAUAGCUGUUGGACUUCAACAUUCCAAGAAGAGGAAGUAAUUAGUGAUGACGAUGGUUUUCAAUCGGCUUCAUCUUCAAUCCCAGACGAUAAAUCCGAGUUAGCUUUAGUUCCGAUUGAUGAGUCUGAUCAUUGGUUUCGCGCUUUAACACAAGCAGAAAAUAAAUAUUUUACAUGGGAACAACGUGGCAGUUACAUAUACGAUCGAACCCGUCCAUAUUUAUUUGAUCUUCGUACAGAUGAUCGACCAUUUCAACAUAUGUGUUUACUCCUUCUAUUUAAUCAGCCAUCGUUAACUCAAUCUAUUGAUAUCGAUUAUCGUCCCAUAGCUAUCGAUGAAUUUCUUCGUGAUCUCUGCUAUAUGCUUAUGGGUAUAUCAUCGCAAACAUUCGAAUGGAAUGAAAUUCAUGAAACCUUUGCACUUAAAUCAGAUAUAAAUGUUCUUGGCUAUACGCAAGUCACAAUUGGAAGAUUUUCAAUGAGAUAUAUUCAAGCAGGAAACCAUUUUAAUGUAAUAAAACAUUACAUUAAUCGUUCGUCGAGAAAUUCUGAAACCGAAAAUGAAUUUUGCCAUUCACUCCGAUGUUAUUUACGUUAUAUACAAAAAUCUAUUGCUAUAUAUGAUAUUUCAAAGUUUUCUCUAGUCAAAUUUGCUGCAAAAAUUGAUCCAAUAUUGUGUAGUCUAAAUCUUCCUUUAUCACUCAUAUCAAGUAUCAAUGAGCUUGAACAAACAAUUCGUACAUCAUCACCAAAUACAUCGUUAGCUUUUGUUAAACUUUCUUCCAUUCUUCAUACACUUCUCAAUCACAAUUAUCAUAACAUAGAUCAGAAUUAUUUUCUUCUACUUACGCAUUUUGUUACAUAUACGUUACGGCCUUUAUUAUUAUUUCUUACUGGUCUUAUUAUUCAUUCGAAUUAUCUCGAUCGUUACAAUGAAUAUCCGAUUUUAUUUAAUCAUAAUCGUUUAAUUGGCUUAAAAACAAUCGAUUUUUGGACAAAAACAUUUACCAUACGUUAUUUACAUGCUAACAAUCGUGAUACAAUAUUUCAUCAAAUUUUACCUAUUGAAUAUCUACAACAAAUCGUUAAUAUAACACGUUCAUUAAUGUUAAUUAAAUUAUGCGAUAAAAAUCAUCCAUUGUGUACAAUAACAACAAAUAUGAUACCACAAUUAAACUUUGUCUAUAUUAAUUCUAGAGAUCGUACUGAUCGAAAACAAGUAUAUAAAUAUCAAGAAGAAAUGAGCACAAAAAUUUUAGAAUAUGAACAAGCACAAAAACAAAAACGUCUUGAUAUUGAACAAGCGAAAGUUCAAGAACGAAUGGAUAUGUAUGCUCGCCAAGAUCAACAACAAGCUGAAAGAAAAAAACUUGUUGAUGAUGAAACAGAACGAGUAAUGAAAGAAAAACAGUUGUUACGCGAUAAAUGGCAAGAACAAAUCGAUGCAAAACAACGACAAUUCAAAGAAGAAAAGCUUGCAGACAGAGCUGCAGGUGCAGAAUUCAAUAAAGUUACUUCAACAACGACAAUCAUUGGUUCGCGUCUGGGUGCACCUUAUGCUGAUCUGGUGGAAAAUAUUCGCGAUGAAAUCAUUUCUGAAUACGAUGCUAAAAUGCGUGAUGCUAAUCAACGAGAAGAACAAUUUCGUCAACGAAUUCAACCGAACAGUACUACAAACACACCGACAGAAGUUCAAACAUCAUUAUCCAAUCCUUCAUCUACAUCCACACCAAGUUUUCAUACGCCAAUAGUCGAUCAAUCGCCAAAUGCCAUUUCUAUUUUGGAUAAUAGAUCAACCGAUGUUUCAUCGCCAUCAAAUAUCGAAAAACCGAAUAACGCAAACACACAUUAUGUGCCGCCCAGAGAAGAAAUACAAUCUACGAAUAAACCAACUGACGAUACAGAGGCACUUGAUUUAAUAUCAAAUCAACAAAUGCCAAGCAAACCAGUAAUUCGACAUACAGCAACUGAAGAAACAACUCAGGAUCAAUAUCGUCGAACUGUUAAAUAUGUAACUAGUAAUGUAUUAAAAUCGACCAUUCAGAAUUAUAUGAUGGAUCAUAAUCCACUUGAUGAAAGUGAAGAACACGAGGAGCUACCAGAAAAAAUCUACGAUUGGGAUUCUAUUAUUGCCGGUGGGCCUCAAUUCAAGUACAACGAUGCAUUUGACUUCCAAGUGAAAGAAAACGAUCCGGAAGCGUCAACACGAAAUGUCGCAGAAUCUUGGUUCAAUUUUGAUAUGUCACCUUUACGUGUUUGGUUAGAACAUUCAAUAUCACCAUUAAUUUAUGUUCAAUCUCAAUUAGUCAAUCGUGCAUUGCUGAAUUAUUUUUUCGAUGAAUUAAAAUUAUCCUACCAUUUAAAUAAUCUUCGUUCCUAUUACUUUCUUGCCACAGGUCGAUUUGGUCUCUCAUUUUGCUCUGAAUUAUCCAAUAUUUUAUUGACAACUGCUGAUGCACGAAUUAUUUAUCAUGUUGCUUCUAUGCGUCAAAUUUUAUAUACAGCAUUAGAUCAAGCAGGAGAAUCAAAUAAUUUAAUUGAUAUUCUUCAAUUAACAGCAAAGCCAAACAUACCAAAUUCAUUAAGUCUUCUAGAUUCAACGUUACUCGAUUAUUUUGAUUUAACUUAUGCCAUUCAAUGGCCUUUAAAUAUCGUUAUUUCGCAAGAUAUGCUAGAAAAAUAUAAAGUCAUAUUUCGAUUUCUUCUUCGAAUACUUAUUGUCAAACAAGUACUGAAUGAAAUAUGGGUUUUACUUAAAUCUUGUAAACAACAAAAUUCAACUCUAUCCCAAUUGCAUCAAUAUAGACAUCAAAUGCAACACUUUAUGACUGUUCUGAUUAAUUAUAUAACAAAUCAAGUUAUUCAAAUCGCUUGGAUGGAAUUUAUGCGUAAAAUUCAGCAAGCUAAACAUAUUAAUGAAAUAGCUGCAGCUCACAAUGAAUAUCUAGAUCGAACUAUGUUAAAUUGUCUGCUCACGCCGAAUGCAGCUCCUAUUCUAAAUGAAGUGAACCGUGUUUUAACAUUAAUAAUACGUUUCCGUUGCCAAUUGCAAACAUACUCUUGGAUUCUCAAUGCAACUCAUACAGACCCAUCCGAUCCAAGUGUACAAGCACUACGUACCACAUUUGAAAAAUAUCAUAUCGCUGUACUUUCACUGUUCAAAGUUUUAUCAAAGCUUGUUGAAAAAGGAUAUAAAACAUCGCUAUCUGAUUUACUUAUACGACUUAAUUAUAAUGGCUAUUACGAUCAAAUCGCUCGAUUUUCCACUCGAUAG